AUGCAUCGCACGGUCUUUUUGUCAUUUCUUUUGCAAAUGUUGUUAUGCGCGCAGCUAUCCAUACCAGCAAAUGUAGAACAAAAAGCUGCGAGAGGAUUAUUCACAGCACCACUUUGCUGUGAAGCACCGUGGAAAUUCGAUUCAGAUUCAGGACAGUGCAUUCUCGACAUGGUAUACGAUCCUCCUCCUUCUCAAACAGUACCAUAA